GAUAAUGGAAUUUGCAUGUAUUUUAUUUUUGUAAAUUUUCUUUUGUUUUUUUCUUGUUGAAAUUUUUAAUUUAUCAUCGUUUCUUGUGAUAAUCAUCAUCAUCAUCGAUUUGAAAACAAAAUGAGCAACACAUAUCGAAAUACGAAUCCAGCGAACGUUGCGAAUAAAACAACAACAUUCGUUAAACCGCAAACAAGUUUUUAUACAUUUCAACCACGUCCACCAGUACCAUCACCAUUUCAGAAUGCCGAAUUUGAUGGAAAACGUUUACGAAAAGCUGUUGCACGUAAAACAGUUGAUUAUAAUUCAUCGAUAGUCAAAAUGCUGGAAUCACGUAUAUGGCAAAGAGAUUCACGUGAUUAUCGUGCCAUCCAACCAGAUGUUGCCUAUUAUACUGAGAUUGUUCCACCGAUGUAUAUGCAAAAUAAUGCAGCCAAUUGUAUAACAACAAAAUUUGUUCGAACAUCAACAAAUAAAAUGCGUUGUCCGAUAUUCUGUGUUCUGUGGACACCUGAAGGUCGUCGUUUAAUAACCGGAUCAUCAAGCGGUGAAUUUACCCUUUGGAAUGGUUUAACAUUUAAUUUCGAAACUAUUUUACAGGCCCAUGAUACAGCCGUAAAAGUAAUGGUUUGGUCAAGAAAUGAUUCAUGGAUGGUAACUGGUGAUCAAAAUGGUUAUGUUAAAUAUUGGCAAAGUAAUAUGAAUAAUGUUAAAAUGUUUCAAGCACAUAAAGAACCUGUUAGAGCAAUAAGUUUCUGUCCAACGGAUACAAAAUUUGCAACAUGUUCCGAUGAUGGAACCAUACGGAUAUGGGAUUUUUUUCGUUGUUUUGAGGAAAAAAUUCUACGUGGUCAUGGUGCCGAUGUUAAGGGUAUUGAUUGGCAUCCAACAAAAUCCUUAAUUGCAUCCGGAAGUAAAGAUAGUCAACAACCAGUAAAAUUAUGGGAUCCAAAAACUGGUCAAAGUUUAGCUACAUUACAUGCACAUAAAAAUACAGUAACCGAUGUUAAAUGGAAUCAUAAUGGUAAUUGGUUAUUAACAUCAUCACGUGAUCAUUUGAUAAAAAUCUAUGAUAUUAGAAAUAUGACAAAUGAAAUGCAAACAUUUCGUGGUCAUAAAAAAGAAGUUAGCUGUUUAUCAUGGCAUCCAAUACAUGAAGGUCUUUUUUCUAGUGGUGGUUCGGAUGGUUCAAUAUUAUUUUGGCUUGUUGGAACUGAUAAAGAAAUUGGCGGUAUGGAAAAUGCACAUGAAUCAAUUGUUUGGUCAUUAAGUUGGCAUCCAUUAGGUCAUAUACUGACUUCAGGAUCUAAUGAUCAUACAUGCAAAUUUUGGACUAGAAAUCGACCGGGAGAUAAAAUGCGUGAUCGUUAUAAUCUAAAUCUAUUACCAAAAGGUAUUGAAGAAUGUGAAGAUGGUGAUGAUUUACAAUCAUAUAUACCUGGUAUGGGUUUUAAUGAUGGUACUGGUAUUGGUGGUGGUAAAAAUGAUGAUGAUGAUAUUGGUAUAAUAAUACCGGGUUUUGGUUUUGAACGUGCUGAUCAAGAAUCCGAAUCGAUUUCACAAUCUAAUCAGGCAAAUGUAACAACAACAUCGAAUGAAUCGACAAUAUUUUCAUCAUCAACUCAACAAAAAAAUAAUAAUGAUAAUAUUGGUAUAUCAUUAACAAAUAUUGAUUCUAAUCAACAACAACAACAAAAAUCUCAGCAGAAAAAUCAUCAACGAAUGAAAGAACGUAAACAACCAUAUUCCAAACCAAUACCGAAAAAAUUUCAACAACAAUGGAAUAAUAAUAAUAAUAAUUUGGAUAAUGUAAAAAAUAAUUUAAAUCGUAAUAAUCAACAACAACAACAACAACAGCAGAAUGAAAAUACCUCAUCAUCAUAUAAUCAUCACCAACAACAACAACCUUUCAAUGAUCAAUUUGGUCAACAACAACAACAACAAUUUGAUAAUCCAUUUUCAUAUAAUACAAAUAAUCAGGAUACUAUGUAUCAACAACAACAACAAUAUUUUAAUGGUCAUCAUCAACAACAACAGCCACCAUUACAACAACAACAACAAUCUUUUCAUGGAAAUAUUUCAUACGGAAAUGAAACAUUUCAUGAUAAUGAAUCAUUUUCAAGGAAACAAGCACUUAUCCUUCAUAAUAAUCAUUAUCGUUAA